UCAGUGUGCUGCUUUUGCUCCUUUUCUACUAGAAGAGAUCACAGUGCUCUCAGUGGAAACACUCUGUGGGGAUGCUGCUAAGGGGAGCUGUGGCAUAAAGGAAAGAAGAACAGGCAGAUAGUCCACUGUAAGGCAAGAAGGUAAGAAGACAAGAUCUCUACUUGACUCUGGGCUUUUCUGCUGUUUCUGGAAGGAGCUCCUGAUCCUGUAAUUGCUUUUCUAUACUCUGUGCCUUGGGGUUUUUAAAGAGAACUCUUACCUUUGCUGUUUUAAAGGAGGUUCUCCUGCUUGGAACUCUGCUUGCAAACAGUGUGGACAGAUCUUCUGGUUCCUUCUCACUGUUUUGGUGAAGUCUAUCCUGUUUGGCUUUCAUUGGAGAUGUAUAUUAUACUCUUUGCGCUUUUCGGCAAAGUACUUACUACCUUUUUUGGACGACACUUUCCGCUUUCGAGUUGCUGUUGGGUCACUUUUAAGAUUUUUUAAAGAGGCGUCCUGUUGCCUCUGAGAUUUUGACAUUUCUGUGAAUGGUAACCCAGUUCGUUUGCCUGAUUUUGACUUUUUGACCAUUUUGUGGAGGAUUUACCAGUUCCCUUUAUCAUUUUUCAAGAGUUCCUCUCGUCUUUGGAGAGAACUCCUGUCCCCAAACUCUUCUGUUCGCUCUCUGUUUUUUGAACACUUCUCUCGAAUUUCUUUCACCCCUUUUAGAAGUGAAACUCCUGUUCCUCUCGAAUUUUCCUGGACUCCUUUCCAUCCCCUGUGAUCUUUUCCGGACAGUGUUUCCAAAUCUCUCUACACCUGUGUGGGAUCUGAUCUGGCUAGCGCUUUGGCUCAGUAUGAGCGCGGACUGCACCUCCUAUUACAGUGCAGAGAACGUCUUUGUGAGCUCCUUCAGCUGCCCCAAAGCGGACGGGGACGCUCGUGCCAUCUUCUGCUGCGGCUUCAAUGAUGUCAAGUACUGCUGCGAUGACCCCAACAGCUUCUUUCCCUAUGAGUACAGCUACAUGUGGUGGCUGAGUGUGGGCGCACUGGUGGGUUUGUCCAUUGCUGCUGUGGUUCUGCUGGCCUUUAUCAUCACUAUCUGUGUACUUUGUUACCUUUUCAUUGCCACCAAACCCAGAGGAUUGGACAAUGGUCUGCCUCUCCAAGUGCCAGGUGUUGAGGCCGGUCCACAGGAAGGCCCGAGCCAGCCCAGGGCUCCGUCCGGACCUCAGGGGUUGCGCAAGCAUUUCUUCAGGGGCAAACUGGACUGUGACAACCAGCCGGCCGACCCAGAGCGACUGUUCCAGCGCUGCUUCAUGGCCACCGUCACAACCAUCAAUGUGGAGGGACCCUCGUAGAAGACCAGACCUUCAGACUGCAGUACUGGCUGAUUAUAACACACACUAUUCGUGGUCUUAGGGUGCUGCUGAACGUUGCUUUGUUGCUUAAAGGCGCCGCAAGAGUCUAUCUUUAUACUCUCCACAAUUUUUUUUUGCAAUGAUGUUUGACUUUUAAAACAGUAACUCUUUUAACAAACACUUUUUGCGCUUUUUUUUUGUGUCACAUGAUUAAACACACUGUCUGUGUUAACAGGUGGGAUAACACAGAUAACACAUCUGUUGUGUUAAAGGUAACAAAAGAAUACCUGUACCUGUUUGUACACCUCUGUUUUGGAAGUGUUUUAAGACGUACACCUUGUCCUAACAGCUGAAGAGGCAACAGCUAAACUAAAAGUACCUUUUAAAGUUCUGGGAAAUUAGAAAGGAAAGACUAGGAAACCAGUUUAAUCCCAAUGGAUAGUGUGAUAACAAUAACUUGUUAGGUUAUCACUUAAAGGACUAAUGAGGUUAGAAGCAAAAAAUGGACUUUUAAAUCAGUGUAAAAACCUGUAUUCCAAGUCAUUUUGAAGCAUUUCCAUUUGUUCAAUUAUUGUUAUUCAAUUAUUCUGCAAAGUUAACGACAACCCCCAGAUUCACAUCAAGCCAAAGAUGAAAAAAAAAAACAGCAAACACAAUAUAUCUAUGUCAUAACACAUUUAUCCCCUAUAUUACUGUAAGGACAGAAGCCGCUAUGUUUGAUGUUGUGGCACAUUAUGCCAGGUCCAACAAAAAUAUCCAGCCCAAAAUCAGUCUAAAACUAGCCCAAAAUACAUGUCUGUUACAUGUUUGAAGAAAUGACUAAACAACUGAGUGUAUGAUUUAGUAUUUUGUUUAAAUGGUUUUAUUAUCAGUAUUGCUUUUUAUCUUUAAGUUAAUAAUAUUGUAACAAAUAAUGUUUUUUUAUAACAGUUUUAUAUCCCAGUCAAAAACAUUUAAUAGUAACAUAAUUAGGAAAAAAAAAAAAAAAAGAACUGACUUUUAUUAACUAAUUUAUUUUUUUGCCCCUCCUGCACUCUCUUCUCUCCUCUUUUACCUUUUUUAAUCUCCUUGUGAUUUGUGAGUUCAGAAGUCAAUAUUUGGUGGAAUAACCCUGGUUUAUAAUCAGUUUUCAUGCAUCUUGGCAAGUACUUGGCAAAUACUUUAUCACACCAUUGUAUAUAUAUAUAUAUAUAUAUAUAUAUAUAUAUAUAUAUAUAUAUAUAUAUAUAUAUAUAUAAAUGUAUUUCUAAGCGUAGCCCAUUUUCUCCACAAAUUGAAAGGCACCCCAACAAUAGGAGGGUGAAGACCAGCUAUACUGAGAAAAGUGUAGCGACCCACUUCUGAUAUAUCAGCUAACAGAUGCCUGUGCUGACCGGCAUCUCUCAGACUCCAGCUGCUGAUGCCAUGCAGCAUGUCCCAGGAUUUAAACCCGUGAUAUUUGGAUCGUAGUGACAGCUUCUUAGCCUGCUGUACCACGGAGAGACCCCCACCUAAAAAUUAAGACAUUAAACGACAUUAAACGAAAUGACAGCAUCUUCAAAAAAAAUGGCUACAACUAGAUUUUUUUUUCAUUCUCAUCAAGACCAGUCUGCAGUUGUUUACAAUAUAACAUGUCCAGUGUAGACAUUAUAGAGGCUAUGUUUAAAUGCUGACUUGUUGUUAGGAAAAGGUGUAUGAGCUUUGUAAUGCACUGUUUAGAUGAAUGUUCUUGUCAUCUUAUUCUAAAAAGUGCAGAAAUGAAUCACAUUGGACUUUUGGUUUUGGAAGCCCACUGUUUUUUGUCCACUGUUCACAAUAAGAAAGCUUACACACAAAAUAUUUACUAACAUAUGUUCUGUGAACCUCUUCAGGAGAAAUAUGCAUUUGGAAAUCUGACUGUAUUGUUCUUAUACUGAGAAAGUUAAAUGUCUCACUGUAUUUCAGUGUUUGGUUUGAUAUUCAGAACAUCCCAAAAUGUUUAUUCCAAUAAGGAAAUGUAGACCAAGUUCUCAGGGACACAAUUAUGCAAGAAAAGGUCUUAUAAAAUUAGCAAGUGGGAAACUUUUAGCACCAGAACAGCUGAAGGUUUCAAUACAAAGUGGUGGCUCUUGAACAUCAAAACCAUCUUCUCAGGUACAGUCUGAAAACGACUCACCUAAUCCUGAUUCAUUCAGAAUGUGACACCAUUCAUUUCUUUUUUUAUUCAUAAUUA